CCAGCCAGAGAGAAGAGAUGGCUGUGGGUGUGUCCAGGCUUUUGUAACACCCUGGGAAGGAGGAGAAGGGCCAGGCUGGGGACCCUGCUGUGGAAAACCAGCGACCAGUCUCCAAUAGCCCACCCUGCCUCCAUUCCACAGAGGCCAGGAGGUGUGGAGGCUUGGCGGGGUGCCCAGCAAGUACCUCAGAGGAAGUAGGUUUCAGGGAGGGGAACAUAUUUCUUCAGGCCCCGUUUUGGAGGGGCCAAACAAACCCUCAGAGGCCGAACUGAGUGGAGAGAAGGUGAAGACAGUGGGAGGCACAGCCAUGCCCCUGGAGCUGUUCCUGGACCUCUACUCGCCCCCCUGCCGUGCCAUCUACAUUUUUGCCCAGAAGAAUGGCAUUCGCUUUGAGUUGCGGCCUGUGGAGCUAGGACGGGGGGAGCACCUGAAGCCUGAAUUCCUGAAAGUGAACCCCCUGGGGAAGGUACCUGCUCUCAAAGAUGGGGACUUCCUGCUGGCGGAGAGCGUGGCCAUCCUCUUAUAUCUGAACCGCAAGUACCAGGCGGCGGCCCACUGGUACCCCACGGAGCUGCAGGCCUGCGCACGCGUGGACGAGUACCUGGCAUGGCAGCACACCGCCGUCCAGCUGCCGGCCACCAACGUCUACCUGUGUAAGUCCCUCCUGCCCCAUUUCUCGGGGCAGCCUGUGGACCCCGUGCGGCUGGACCGGCUGUUGGGGAAGCUGAAGCCAGCUCUGAGGCACUUGGAUCAGGAGGUCCUGGCCACCAAGCCCUUCCUGGCCACCGAGCAGCUCUCCCUGGCAGAUUUGAUGGCAUUCACGGAGCUAAUGCAGCCCACUGCUGUCGGCUGUGACAUCUUCCAAGACUGGCCCCGGCUGGCAGCAUGGCGAGCCCGAGUGGAGGCUGCUCUGGGUCCUGAGCUUGUCCAGGAUGCCCACAGGCUUGUGCUGCAGCCUCGGGACCCCCGAGAUGCCCAGCGGGACCCCAAGCUGGCCCAGGAGCUGGUGCAGAGACUGCUGGAGCGGCUCAGCUGAGAGGGGAGUGGCCAGGCCCGGUACCCUGCUCUUUCUUACCCACAAUAAACAUGCUGUGUG